UGAUUUUAAUUUUUUAUUUAUUUUUGGAGGAAAGGCUCCCCUGAUUUAAGCAAAGGAAAGCACAGAUAGCGUCACUAGCACAGUUUGUUGGCAUGCUUGAGUAGGCUGUUUGUUGGUAUGUUUGAGUAGUCUCUCUCUCUCUCUCUCUCUCUCUCUCUCAUAAAUUACAUCAUGCAUUUCAGUGUGUGAGCAGCCUUCUGUAAUCAUAACCCUAUAGAUACAAACAUGAUACAUCUCCUCCCCCACAAUCCCCAAAUGUUGCUUUGUUGGAGUAUUUCUCACCUCCACCCUUCUCAAUCAGACAUGGUUGAAACCCUAUGGAUAGAGCCCACCCUUUGCCGGAAGAAAUAGGGCCCAUCCAACAAAACCAUCAGCAAAGUCUUAAGCUUUGCCUUCCAUUGUUGAAGCUCGAAAGCUCAAAAACCCAUAACCCAUUUUGGGCAUUUGCUUUCUGGGUCUCCAAAUCACUUAGAAAACUGUGCUGUGGAGCUAAAGCCUCAAAUGGGUUUUGUUUUAGAAGGCUCCAUUUCAAUGGUAUGGUGGUGAACAACUCAGUCUAUUGUGCUUCCCCUUGUUUUCUUCAAGCUGAAAUGGAGGGUAUAGUUAAGGAAAAAAUAGUCUUGCAAGAGGAAAAAGGUGAGGGUUUUGUUGGUGUGAUUGAAGAGGAGUGUAGAGAGAGUAGUUCAAGCUCUGAUUUUCUUGUAUCUGAGGCUACUAUUAAUGAAGAACACAGUCACAGUAGCUCUGAGGACUCAUCUUCACCCCCUUCAUUGAGUUGGCCUGUGCCGAAGCCUGAUUUGCCACAUUGUUCCAGUUCUGACGUUUCUCAAGGUGGUGAGAAACCCCAUUUGGAUGAAAGAAAACUGGUGAAACAAGGGUCAACAUUAUCAGAGAUUGAGAUGAUGAAGGAAAGGUUCUCAAAAUUGAUUUUGGGAGAAGACAUGUCUGGUUGUGGAAAUGGGGUUUGUACCGCAUUGGCUAUUGCAAAUGCAAUUACUAAUCUCUGUGCUACAAUGUUUGGGCAACUUUGGAGAUUAGAACCUCUUCCUGAUGAAAAGAAAUUGAUGUGGAGAAGAGAAAUGGAGUGGCUUCUUUGUGUUAGUGAUCACAUUGUUGAGUUUAUACCGUCCUGCCAGACGUUUCCUGAUGGAAGUAAGCUUGAGAUCAUGACUUCUCGACCCCGAUCAGAUCUGUACAUCAACCUUCCUGCUCUUCGCAAAUUAGAUAACAUGCUUCUUGAAAUAUUAGACAGUUUUACCGAGACAGAGUUCUGGUAUGUUGAUCAAGGAAUCCAAGCCUCAGAGGCUGAUGGAUCAUCCUCUUUCCGGAGGCCCCUUCCUCGCCAAGAAGAGAAAUGGUGGCUACCAGUGCCUAGGGUUCCUCCUGGUGGCCUCAGUGAAAAUUCGAGGAAGCAGUUGCAGCACAGACGUGAUUGCACAAAUCAAAUUCUAAAAGCUGCCAUGGCGAUAAACAGUAUUACUUUAGCUGAUAUGGAAGUCCCUGAGUCGUACUUUGAGGGUCUUCCAAAGAAUGGAAGAGCGAGCCUGGGUGAUCUGAUCUACCGAUACAUCUCAUCAGAACAAUUUUCUCCUGAAUGUCUACUCGACUGCAUUGAUUUGUCGUCUGAACAUCAAGCACUAGAGAUUGCCAACCGAGUGGAGGCCUCAAUUUACAUAUGGCGCCGAAGAGCCAAUCCAAAACCCCUAAAUAGUACCAGCCGAUCCAAUUCAAAAUCGUCAUGGGCAUUGGUCAAGGAGCUGGUUAUAGACGUGGACAAGAGAGAAUUGCUUGCUGAUAGAGCUGAGAGCCUCUUGCUUUGCUUGAGACAGCGGUUCCCUGGUUUGACUCAGACCACAUUAGAUAUGAGCAAGAUCCAAUGCAACAAGGAUGUUGGCAAAUCCAUCAUAGAGAGCUACUCUCGAGUUCUUGAGAGCCUGGCUUUCAACAUUGUGGCACGUAUGGACGAUCUUGUUUAUGUGGAUGACUUGACAAAGCAUUCCGAUCAAGUCAUGUCAAUUUCUAAGGUCGGUGUGAUUGCUCUCAAGGGUGUUGCCAUUCCUUAUUCUGUGCCCAUCUCGAGCACUCCAUACAAAACAGCUUUUACCACACCUAGCUUUUCACCUGCACGACUCAUUAGCACUGAGAAAGGGGGAGAAACAUUACCAUAUCCCGAUAGCAACAGGCUUCUGCCACGUGGGUUUGGAGUGAAGAAGAUUCUGACAGAUUAUCUUAGCAUUGAUACAAGAGGGAAAGACUGCAAUGGCAAAGUUGAAAGAUCUUCAAGUUUUAGCAUUGAUACAAGAGGUAAAAACAGCAUCAGCAACCUUGAAAGAUCAGAUUCAUCUUCAAGUAUAGUUCGCGAGGCUUCAACAUCUCAAACUGGAAUAGGAUCCUCCCAGUGUUCUAGCGACGGCAUCAGUCCACGGAUGCGGAUACAGGAUUCAGUAUGGGAAGAGUGAUAUAUUACUACAUGUGCUUUGAACCAGUUUUAUGACAUUUGGGUUCUUGAGCCAGUUCAUGUAUUUGUUUCCACAGAUGUAAACAUAGUCCAUCAGAUUGUUUGAUUCUUGUUGUAUCGAGACGUGUUAUAUGCUAAUGACUUGUGAGUGUGGUCGUCCAUUAUUUGACA